AUGGCAGGUGGCGUUGAGCAUCACAAGCUGGCCCUUGACCCGGCCUUGGUCAAGCUGGGACACAUGCAGAGCAACAGACACAUCUUCUUCCGCUGGACACCGAGAACUGCCCGCAUCAGUUUCAUCUACAUUGCUGUCGUGCCCGCUAUCAUCGGCUACAUUGGCUACAAGAGCGACGGUCUCUUCGAUCUCCGCGCGAAGCGCAAGGGCGACCUGAUCUACGAGCGGUAG